AGGCCGAUAUAAAUCUUUUGCAGUGGUCGUCGAAGGCGGCUGGCUCCACCCCCGGUUGUGCGUCUGCUCGGGGACAACAGGUGGAAGUUUUCAGUCCAGCUCGGGGUUGCAUGCCACUAACAUCUCCCGACCCGACACGCUAACAACACUCAAAAACAUUAGGAUGCCUUGGUUAGUGUGGGUGUUCGGAUAUGUGGCGAUGGUGAUCUCACCGACCGUCGGGACGAUGCAUUUCGACGGGAUGACUUACCUGCGCCAACAGAUCGGCCCGGACGCCAACUACGCACUCGCCCUGGACGAUAACGCCUACAUCCCUCAGACGUACGACCCACCUCCCAGGAACCCUUCGUACGACGAGGACGUCGACUGGCGAAGCGUGGGAAAGCGCGCUUUGUCCGCACUUUCCCGUUUUAAGCCGCUCACCUCGGCGUUUUUGCGUCAGCGACCCAUCGAAGAAGAAAGAAGGCGGCAGGCCCGUUUCGCCAUGCUGGUGGCCAGGAAUAGCGGCUCACCGCAGAGGGUUAAGGGUGGACCCCUCAGAUACGGAAAACGCUAGACUGGAUUAUUUUUAUCGAACCUACAGAAGAAGAGAAAAUUAAUAAUAAUAUUAACACGUCUGAUUUUUUUUUCAAUCCCUGUUUGCUGACCUGAGCGACACGUGUAGCGACGAUUUUCCAAAAACUCAUUUCAGACAAAAUGCCGAUAAUUUCAAAAUCAAAAAUCAAGUUUAAAAAACCACAUCUCCUUCCAUUACUUCUAAUCCAAUUCUAUCUAAAACAACGCUGUCAUAUAUCAUUUGAUGUCAAUUCCUUGCAAAAUAGAUUAGAUAUAUUUUUAUUUCAUUAUUUCACAUAAGAAAAGGCAAAACAUAUAAUAAUAAACGCGGAUUAAUUAAUUACCUUUCAAGUACCACUUUGAUUAACCUUUGCACUAAGCAGUCUUUCUGAAGAAAAAAAUCAAUCUACUUGUACUAUUUGUCCAUUGUACAGUCAUACUCUCGUUGUUAUUGUCAGUCAGAUAAGAUAAGUUGUUAAAAAAAACAUACACUAAUAUUCUUAGGUAAAAAUAGAUUAAAUGCAUCGUUUUAUUUAUUAUUCGUUAAUUUACGAUUGUUUUUCACCAUCUGAGUAUGUACAGGUUUUCAAAAGUUAUAAUAUGGUAGAAAGUUUUGUUGGGUGUUCGCCUUAUGAAAUGAUUUUCUUUUUUUAAAUAUUACUAUUUAGUAUUCUUGCUUAGAAAGGUUAAAAAUCAUAAAAGCAGACUGAUAUAAUUUGUAUUUCUAUUCGCCAUAGUAGAAAGUAUUAUUUACAUUAUAGACAAUAUGAAAACCACGUGUCUCCUUAUAUUAAUUAUUGUAUAUAGUUGAAGAUGGAUGUUAACGCUUUUAAAAAUUGUAUUCCUUAUAUUUAAAAAAUUAUGUAAAAAUUUUUAAAUCUAUGAACAAUGAAGAUGUAAGCCUGUGGUAAGGAUUGUAUAAAACGUAAAAUAAAAUUUAAAAAAGCCUAAGUAAAAUAAACUUUUUUCUUUAUCCUACGUUGGCGUGUCGGAAACGUCCGAAUAAAUUUAAAGUUGUCUAUGUUGUAACUUAUUUGUGCUCAUGAUUUGAAUUAAUAAAUUUAUCUCC